AUUUAAUUUAGCUUCCCAGAGGAUUUCUAGACACGUUUCUGAACACCUUUUACUUUACAAAACAAUUAGAAAUAGAAUUAUUUUGGUCAUCCAAGAUAUGUUUUCUGUUGGAAGAUGCAGCAUUAUAAAGAAAGGUGUCAGGGGCAACACGCUCGACAGCAACAGAUACUCCAGGAGGCUGAAGCAGAGGAGGGGAGGGGAAGAGGAGAGGACACCAAAAAGAUAAGGCAGAAAACCUGAGGAGAGGCAGCUGCAGGCCAUGUUGAUAUGAGGACAGGAAAGAAAAGGGGUGAGACACGAGGAGGAGGGGGGAGUGAAUGUGCACAGUCACCAACACAGAAGAGCACAGGCAGCAGUCCAGUGAAACAAAUCUCUGAGACGACACGGAAGAAAGUAGCUACUGGAGAUGAAUCAAACGCUCUCGACAGAUUCAGAGGACGGAAGAAGGAAGUGCCGGUCGGCUUUUAACAGCUGAGUCUGGGACAAAGUAGAAGUGGAGGAAAGAGGUGACAAAUGCUGGCUGUUGGUCACAACAGAGCAUGUUGUGAAAGAUCUGGAUACCCUGGAUACCCUGAAUGACCAAAGUAGGACCUGGACCUGGAUCCCCUGCCUGAGCUCAAAGAAUAGAUUAUCUCAGGAAAGCAAGUGGAUAAACAUCUACUCUGACUUUAAGCCUGUCCUCUCCUGCCACAAUGCCCGAACGAGUGAACAGUUUCCAGGGUCAAAACUUUCACAAGCUGAGGCGGGCCUGCUUGCGUCGAGGAGCGCUCUUCAAGGAUCCCCUGUUCCCCGCCGCUGCCCAGUCCCUCUUCUACAAGAGGGAGCCCCUGCCGGGUCUGACCUGGAAGAGGCCAGGGGAGAUAUGCAAAGACCCCCGUCUGUUUGUUGAUGGCAUCAGCACUCGUGACUUGCACCAGGGGAGUCUGGGUAACUGCUGGAUGGUGGCAGCCAUUUCCUGCUUAGCAUCUGAGCCGUCUCUGUGGAAGAAGGUGAUCCCCGACCACGUGGAGCAGGAGUGGAAUCCAAAGCAUCCUAACCUGUACGCAGGAAUCUUCCAUUUUCGGUUCUGGAGACUUGGCCGGUGGAUGGAUGUUGUUGUGGACGACCGUCUGCCGGUCAGCAGGGAUGGAGUGCUGCUUUUCUGCCGCUCAGCCACACCACGAGAGUUUUGGAGCGCCCUGUUGGAGAAGGCCUACGCUAAGCUAAAUGGCUGCUAUGAGGCUCUGGAGGGAGGAAACACAACAGAGGCACUGAUUGACUUCACUGGUGGGGUUUCAGAGCCCCUCAGCUUGGAUCGCGAGGCCCUCAGCCUGCACAGCGACCAGAGGCGUGCGUUCUUCCAGACGCUGGCCAAGGCCCACGAACGCAAAGCCCUCAUCACCUGCUCCAUACGGCCAGCAGAGGGGGAGACGGUGGAGUCGGUGAUGGACUGCGGUCUGGUGCGAGGACACGCUUAUGGGAUCACAGCAGUGAGGAAGGUGAGGCUGCAGUCUGAUGGGAUGGCCCGACUCUUCAUGGUGCGCAUGAGGAACCCGUGGGGGACCACAGACUGGACUGGAGCCUGGAGUCAGGGGUCGCAGCAGUGGCAGCAGAUAAGUCGUGCAGAGAGGGAAAAGAUGGGCCUCGUUGUUCGAGACGUUGGGGAGUUCUGGAUGGAUUUCGAGGAUUUCUGUCGCUACUUCACAGAUGUGGUGGUGUGCCGCCUGGUGGAGAGGGCUCUGCUGUGGCCGAGCUCUCAUUGGAGGGAGGUGCACCACUAUGGAGAGUGGACUCCAGGUCUCACUUCCCACGGAACGCCUCCACCCACCAUCCUCCGCAGCAACCACACGCUGAGCUUGGGGAGGGGCAACGCCAAACCUGAAGGGACCAAGCAGCGAGGUAACCGGAAGGAAGCCAGACUCGGGAAGAGUCAGCAGACUGGAGGGAGAGGAGGAAGGCGUGAACACAAUGAGGCUGUGAAAAAGGCGACAAAAUCAGAUGAAGGUGGAGAGCUGGGAGGAUGGGGGGCACAGAUGGACAAGACGAGUCGAUGUGGAGGAUGCAUCAACCACAGAGACACUUUCCUGCACAAUCCACAGUUCAUGUUUGAGUUGAGAGGCAAAGAGGAGGAGGUGUUGAUCAGUCUGCAGCAGGAGGACAGGAGGAUACGGAGGAAAGAUGGAGAGGGAGAAAACCUGCCUAUCGGCUUUGAGGUGCUGAAGGUGGAGGUGAAUCGCUGCAGUCGGGUGCAGUGCGUGGUGGAGCAGGCAGCCAGCUCCGUCUACAUGGACUCCCGCAGUGUAACGCUGAGGGGGACUCUGGCUCCAGGUCGCUACGUCGUGCUGCCCACCACCUUCCUGCCAGGCGCCACAGGACGCUUCCUUCUACGUCUCUUCUCGCACUCCCACGUUCGACUCAGGGAACUGAGGGAGGAUUUGCCGUCUCCCUCUUUGCUCGAGUGUUUUCUACCUCAACCCACUGUGGUGACCACAGUCCAUCUGCGCAGAGCGUCGGGACUCAGCCCUCCGAAACAGACAGCUCCAGAUGUUUACGCUGUAGUGCGCUGUGAGAAUGACACCGUAAGGUCGCGGGUUUUCAAGGCGGAGGGAAACCCCGAGUUUAACCUCAGAACCAUCUUCUACAGGAGAUACCCCGACACACACAUCUCUAUUGAGUUGUGGAGCAGAGGUCUUCUGUGUGACUCGGCUCUCGGGGAGGCUCGACUCCGCACGGUGGACUCGGAGAGGAAUCGCAGUCAUGUGAUGGACCUACAAGGCAGCCAGUCCCGGUCAGGACACCGAGGGUGUGUCUACGUCGAGACGUCCUCCAGCAUCUGCCUCACAGACUUGUGACAAAACUACAUCAAGACCUCAAAAGGUGGAGGCUGAUGGGCAUUUUAAUGAA